AUGUCAUGGCCGGACACGAGGGCGCCGCGGGUGUUGGAUGCGGCUGACGUGAUUCGCACUUGUGUUUCCGAGUCUGGGGCAUCACGAUCACCGCCGCAACUCCAGAUAGAGGUUCCGCGAGUUCGACCAGCGGAAUGGGCAGCCAAUGGCAGUCCCGGCCCCAAGACGCCCGCUUCGGCACGUCGUGGGUGCCGCUUUCCUAGUCUGGAUGAAGCCCACCGCAACAUAACUGGAAGGUCCCAUACAUCGACGUCGACAGCAUCAAAUCGAAUCGCGUCCAACGACAGCAGCACUGAGGCCAAGAGUGCCACCAGCAGCUGGCAACCGGCCCGCUCCAGUAAAACGUCUGCUACUUUACACUGCACCUCCGACAACCGAGACUGUUUGAGCCCCGUCAAGGAAGCCACAUCCGACAGUCACGGUAAUGCCCCAAGAGUUUCAAAGCGAGAGCCGGUCCUCUACAACCACGAGGAGACUGCACUUACCCACUCUGCCCGCAAAGAUCCCGACGAUCCGUUUGUUGUUCGGGAAGAUUCCAGCCCACUACCCAUGCCGAAGCACAGAAGCACCGACUCGCCGAGUACUGUAUCCGAGUCCCAGUCUACUACUACUGUUGACCGCGAUUACCGCCAGUAUCGCUCUGCUGCAUCUGACCAGGGAACAUCCUCCAGCCCUGGCGUAGAUGCCACCCUCGACACCACUCCUUUCCGUGGAGCUCCUCGUAGCUCCUCUCUCGACAGACUGAGUCCCGCAAACCUCAGCGCGUUGCGGUCAGGUGCCGGCGCUCGCUGUGGCUUCAGGCCCGACGAUGUCCUUCACAGUCCGGAAAUUAGCAGAACCGGUUCGGUGCGCUUCACUCAUGAGGGGGACCAAGGGAGCGACGGUUCCUCGGCCGUCAACAAAGAUCCCUUGUGGUCUGCCACAGCAACCUCCCACGACGACAGGGCACUGUUCUCGCUUCCGCACAUUCCUACACUUGCAUUCUUCGAUGCCCCCAUCGGGACAUCGACGCACUCGGCCCGCAGUCAUGCAAUUUCCUGCGGUCUGUCAUUCUCGACUCUCUCCGACUCGCAAGCCCUCCUCAAUAGUGACCUUAGCAGCAAUGGCGGUCUCAUACCUCCUCCGCUCGCCCUAUCGACACGUGCGAGACCCUCUGAGAUUCCGCGUGCGCACCUCAGCGUUGGUGCUUUUUCUAUGGGCGCCACCACAGAAUCCGACGAUGAUCCUUUCAAGUAUGAUAAGACCAAUUAUGGUGUCUUUCUCGUGGAUAAGAGGGAGAGGGAAGUUAGCGCCAGACUUCAGCGCCAAAGCUCAUCGAGUAAACACAGUAGGACUCCAAGCUGCAGUCCAUCAAAGUCGUUGUACAAGACAUUCAAGCUUCCGUCUCCUAUCCCUGAGCACCCGUCCGGUAAGGCCGAUGACUCGGCCAGGGUCAACCGUGACCAGCUCGCUGUAUUGCAAUUUCUGCACCCAGAUGCCAUCAAAUCCUUGUGGGAAGUAAAUCAGAGUCAAGGCGCCACGAUCAGGGUGCCUGUACCCCUUCAGACGGACGCUUUAUGCCAACCAAGUGCCGCAACAAAAACAAAGAAGUCUUCGAAAGUCAGUAAAAUCCAGUUUCGGGGUGCUAGAGAGCCUCUGAACGAUAGGGAUGAAUGGGAAACAGUAGGGACAUUCCAAGCUGUCAAUGACAGUAGCCCAACAUACGCUCUUCCGAACCCACCCUCCAAGUUUACUCAUGAUGCGUCCGUCAACUAUACAGGCAGCAGCGUCGCAGAUGUAUCAGACGAAGAUGUCAGUCUGUAUGAAGCUCAGUUUGACGAAUACGGCUCCAAGGAACGCAUCAUUCAGCAUCCAUCAAAUCAAGUCGACAACCAGCCAUUCAAAGUCAGACAUCUCAAAGACUCGAACAUUCCUGUGUUUGUACCAAAGCAGCGGGUCCACAGAGUCAACGGACUUGCGCAGAACUCUAUACGGCUCCUCCAGGGGUCAACCGCACAGAGCAAGGAGAUCAACCCUACAGAGUCGAGCCGGACUGGCAAGAUUCUCAAUCCCUUCAGCGCCCUGAAUAAGAAGUACAGAGACAAGUUGUUACCGCUCCCGCCACGAGUAACGGCCGAGACAUCGCGCUUUGAGUUUCGAGACUCGGUGUGUAGCACUGAUAAGGAGAACCCCUUCGAUGGGAAACAGUUUGGUGACCAGAGGGUACAUGAUGACAGCAACUCUCAUGAUGCACUGAAUGAUUGUGUGACGAACCACCACAACAGCCAGGCGUCGACAGACUAUGAUCUGUCGACAUUGUCUGCUCUGUCGAAUGGGUCUCACAGCUUUGCUUUUCCACUCAUACCGCUGCCCGAAGCAGCAAGACUGCAAACCAUACGGCGCGAGAGCGGGAUUGAUGAUGAGGCCUUCGCAAGCAACAAAGGACGACAGCGCAAGCAGAGUUUUGCGUCGCUGGGGAAGAAUAGAGGAAGCGCCGUGGCCACGUCCAACCUGCCUCGUCUUCCGCAAACUGUGCACAAGCGAACCCCAACGCCUCUGUUCUCAUCAGUCGUGAAUGAUAAAGAGCUCGAGAGCCGGGCCCUGCGUUUCGAUGGCCCUGCGACCUCUCCGAUCAGCUCCAAGAUAGAUUCACCACCUGAUAGCCGCUCCCAUUUCUGCGACAAUAGCACCGCAACAUUUGGUGCCUCUCCUCUCAAAAACCGAAUGGCUGGGAUGUGGCCGUCACGACGAUCCGAGAUUCCACAUCUUUACCCCUGGGACGAGCGCCGAUUACAACCUGGAAGUGAUCCAUACUUGCGAGCCUUGGCAGAUCGAGAUAAACUGCCCUCCGCACAUCUGACUUACACUUCACAUGAAGGCCGGAGAAAGCAACGUAGAUGGUUUGUACUGAUGUUGGCUGUCAGCAUCUUCCCUUUCUUGUCAGUUCUUGUCUACCUCGGGAAAUUCGAUACUGCACUCUCCUGGUACACCAGGGGAGAGGUCAAUGGACUAACAAUAAGUCAGCGGAGAAUUAUAUUGGCAAUCAUGGUCUUUCAGUUCUUUGUCUGGACGGCCAUCAUCGUUAUCGUGGUGAAAAAAAUGGGAGGCGCGUUUUGA